AUGAAGCGAACUUCCUGCCCCGCGCGCCUCCCACCUCCCCGCCCGCGCGCCACCCGCGACCUCACGCCCCGCCCCGCGCCGCCCCACCUCCCGCACCGCGCCGCCCACCCUCCCGCGCCGCACCGCGCCGCCCCACCUCCCGCCCGCCCCGCGCCGCCCAUCUCCCGCGCCGCCCACCUCCCGCACCGCGCCGCCCACCUCCCGCCCCGCCCCGCGCCGCCCACCUCCCGCGCCGCCCCGCGCCGCCCACCUCCCGCUCCGCACCGCGCCGCCCACUUCCCCCGCCCCCGCCCCGCGCCGCCCACCUCCCGCUCCGCGCCGCCCACCUCCCGCCCCGCGCGCCUCCCAUCUCCCGCACCCCGCGCCGCCCGUGAUCUAGCCUACACUUCGCCGCUGCCCAUUUCAAAAAAUCAGGAAGUUCACAUCUGCAAGACUUGGUUCACACUCGCAAAAUUCAAAAGUUCACUUUCGCCAAAUUCAGAAGUUCAGAAGGCUGCUGCAUAA